AAGAGGUUGGGCCGACCUUCGCCCUCGGAUAUCAGCGAAACUGUCAAAGCGAACAAAUACCUUCCUGCGAUGAGGGUUAAGGAGGAGGCGAUUGAGCUGAACCUGAAGGAGGACCCAAGCCAUGCAGCCGUCAUGGAGUCAGUGAUGCGGGGAUUGAUGGGUGUGAUGGUUGAUUCUCAGGAUCGCACCCUCAAAGCUUCAGCCAUCUUGCCGGCUUUGGACAUUGAUCGUACAGGAGGCCAGGGGUCAUCUACUGAGAAAGCAAUAGAUGCCGAAUUUAUCUUGAACCAGAUACAGGUUUUACAGACAGACUGUGCUAAGGGACUGGGAGAGGACAAAUUCAGGCGGGCUUACUCCAUCCUGGAUUCCGUUCAAGAUGCAGAGAAACUGAAGGGACGUCUCGUUGGCCUGAUCGGAGAGGACAUGUUCCGGGAAUACAGCGAGAAGAUAAUGUGCUUGCGUAUGUUUGAAAACGGAUUACAAAACGUGGGAUCUCAGAAACGAUAAUAACUCCACAUAGAAGUAACUCAGAACUUGAUGCAACAGAGAUCCGGGGAAUAACGUUAUUAACAUAGCAAAGUAACGCGGAUCCCGGGCAGUACACUGUGGUAGAUCCUUCGCGUACGGGUUUGCUGCUGAUCGAGGGUGAUAAUCUGGGCAAAUUUCAUAUCACGCUACCCGUUAUUAACCUACGCACUAUUUGUUGACAUGUAAACUGAGGUUUUGAAGCAAUAUAAUGCUACGAACAGUAACUCAUAGAUUCAUCUUAUCUAAGAUUCAUUCAAGUGCGUGGCAUAUUCACACACAUAACUGCGUCUUGAUCAUUUGUGACAUGUCCCCCUCUUUGACGGCCCCAAAAGCGUGAAAAGAUGGAAUUUGUUGUUACCGCGCCUGACAAUCAGCAUCACGCAGCUUUUCUGAGACCAUCUUUGAUAUCUCUUUAAUAAGUGGUGUCCGAAAAUCGAGAUAUGUAAAACCAAAAUUUUGAAAGAUCGAAGCUUAAAAUAUGGAUGCACUGAUCUCUGUGUAUCUGUAGCGAAACUAAGAUGCAUUUUAAUGAGAAUAGACAAGCCUAAAUUUCAUCAACAAACGACUCAAAUGCGAUGCUAAACAAUUUACGACAAAGAAACUACAACAUGAUAACUGAUACCCUGAAUCCAACCCCGAGCACGUCUGUGGGA